AUGGCUAAUGACACAAGCUGCCAGGCCGAGGAACCCGGCCACCACACUGUUGGGGCUCCCCUAAGAAUCCUUGCUGGACAGGCUGGCGACGCAGAUAUUGCUCCUGAUGCCUGGGCUAGGUUUGCUACGAUGAUACCGUGGCAGGUGGCUCGAAACGGGCGCCACAUCAAGACCAAGGCUAUUGCCUUGCUUAUCAACGCCGUGCCAGCGAGAGAGCCACUUCAGCGAUCAAUCACUAGAGAGCGAUUGGACGAGCGUAUUGGAAGCAAGGCCGCAAAGUUUGAAUCAGUUUUGAUUCAGAUUGUGGGGGAAAUUCCGGACAGGAAUGCACACACUGCUCGCGAAACAAUGGGCCCUGAGCAAAAUGCAUUAGAUACUCCCCGAGGCCACCAGCGCGGCCGCUCGUCGCGCUCCUCAAUCAGCCCUCUGAAGCUUCGACUAAACAUAACCACGCAAAAGGCCGAUGCUGGCAUCGCUCUGAUUAAAAGAAUGGAACAGGCUGUUCGCAAAUUGCAGGCCGAAAUUGCCAUUGAUGACCGCAACGCAGCCAUCCAUGAGGCGAUACACGCAGAUAACUAUACCGAGCUGAUCGUUCCAGCUCGGGCGUUGAUCCCAGCGACAACUCCCGAACAGCGUACAAGGCAAUUCGACGAUAUCCUAGGAAUGAUUGCAAACCUGAAGGAGCUUUACUCCACGAUCCAAGGCAUCUAA